AUGCUUUAUUCAUUUCUACCAUCCGAUAAUUAUUUGGCUUUGAACCCUUUAGUACCAACAUUAUUAGCAGCAGCGGCUGCCUCUUCGUCUUCGAAUUCGAAUUCAGCAACAAACAACAAUGGUACAACGACCGUAACGGGUGUAACACCAACGCCAACGAUAGCUGCGCCAGCAACUAUCAAUCACUCUCAUCUAGUUCAUCCAGGAUCCUAUGUGACAUCUUCGUCUGCAACAGAUUCAUCAUCUAGUCAACAUCAUCCAUAUGCAUAUACAAAUAUGGCAGCAGCCGCGCAAACGACUAAACUAUCGAAUACACCAGCAAACCUUCUUGUCGACUCAACUUCACAUUUGCCAGAAAUAAUUAAUGUGCCCUCAUCCUCAUCAAUUAUGGAAGUUCCGAAUAGUAAUUCUCAGCCAAUCUCCACAAACGAAUUGAUAAAUAAUGAUAAUGCUCAAUCAAACUCUUCUUCAUCUUAUUCACCACAAUCGACUAGUACGGUAACUCCCAACGGAACUUCCUCCACAACUGGUAGUACAACGUCUGCAACGACACAGAAACGUCUGCAUGUCUCCAAUAUUCCAUUUCGAUUUCGAGAUGAAGACCUCAAAGCAAUGUUUGAACAAUUCGGGGAAAUUGUUGAUACAGAAAUUAUCUUCAACGAACGCGGAUCGAAGGGUUUUGGCUUUGUAACAUUUGCCUCGAGUGAUGAUGCAGAUGCUGCUCGUGAGAAACUUCAUGGUGCCGUUGUCGAAGGACGUAAAAUUGAGGUCAACAUGGCAACGGCUCGAUCACAGCCCAAGCCAAAACAAAUGGUGACCAAUCCAUUUGGUUUAAUGAUGAAUACACGGCACCGUCCGACGCUAAUUCAAGCAACACGUGGAGCAACAGCAUUCACAGCUGGUCUUGCUCUACCCGGUGGAUAUACAAUAUAUCCAGACCAACUGGCUGCAUUAAGUGGACUAACAGCAUACCCAAUAGCUGCCCAACCACAGGCAGGUGUCCGAUAUAUAACAACUACUGCACCACAUGGUCUUGCUGCAGCAGGACAACCCACCGGAGCUUACACCAUUGGUGUAUUACCAAUGAGUAAUGGUGUGGGAGCACCAACAGGCUACAUAAUCAAUGGCCCACCGACUACUAAUAUGUCUUCAGCUACUGCUCAAAUAGGUCAUGCAUAUCCGGAAACUACAUAUAUCGCUGCAGCGCCCACUGGCACAAUCGGCCCUAUUACCGGUAUGCGUAAUAAUGUUCGUUAUGCACCUUAUUGA